UUCCACUCGAAGGUCCCUCAAGUCUCCUGGGGUCAGAGUGUGACUGACCAUCCACUCUGGAGAAGGUCCUGGGAGGAGGUUAAGAACUGGCUACGCUAAGAAGAUGAACAGAAGAAAGCCAUGAAUGCAGUUCAUGGUACCUUCCCCAAGUUCUUGAAAAUAUUCUUCUUCUAAUACAAAAGGACAGACUCAUCUGUGUUAUUUACAAAGUCAUAAAGCAACUUGAUGCAGAACAUGCCCUCAGCUGUCCAAGGCACUGGGGAAGAAAGGAUACUCAUGCAGGAGAGGACAGCCCUUACCAGCUCCGGGGACCAGGCAUCUCAGCACAGCCUGAAUCAACAUGACAAAAACCAUCAAAAACAGCACGCAGACUGCACUGGCCACAGAGCCCGGAUCCUGUCACAUCUGGGUACAAGGAAAAGCGAACCCUCUGUGGACAUAAGUGGACUUGGACUGGAAGCAUGUGGUGUGUCCUGCGCGGCUGGAGGCGAGGGCACCUGAGCCCUUGGGGAGUGCAGGGGCAGCAGUGGCCCCCGGCCCUCCGUGCUCUGGCCAGUGUGGCCUCCGGGAGUGGAAACGAGUACAGCCACGUGGUGGUGGGUGCGGGCUCUGCGGGCUGUGUGCUGGCUGGACGGCUCACCGAGGACCCUGAUAAGCGUGUGCUGCUGUUGGAGGCCGGGCCCAAGGACACGCAUGCGGGGAGCAAGCGGCUCUUGUGGAAGAUCCACAUGCCCGCGGCCCUCGUGGCCAACCUGUGCGAUGACAAGUACAACUGGUACUACCACACGGAGCCGCAGGCAGGCAUGGACGGCCGCGUGCUGUACUGGCCGCGCGGCCGGGUGUGGGGAGGCUCCUCGUCCCUCAACGCCAUGGUCUACAUCCGCGGGCACGCCGAGGACUACGACCGCUGGCACCGCCAAGGCGCCACGGACUGGGACUACGCUCACUGCCUGCCCUACUUCCGCAAGGCGCAGUGCCACGAGCUGGGUGCCAGCCGGNGGCAGAGCUUUCCGGGGAGACCCCGGAUUUGUCAGGGAAAGACAAAUUCCCCCUUUCUCCAGCCCCUUCCCAUUCCCCACCUGGGCAGGGGCGAGGGGCUGUGCCUGAAAUCCUCGCUCUGUCCUGCAGGCAAGCGCUGGAGUGCAGCCUGUGCGUACCUGCACCCAGCACUCAGCCGCCCCAACCUCACCGCUGAGACCCGGACGUUUGUGAGCAGGGUGCUGUUUGAAGGCAGCCGCGCAGUGGGCGUGGAGUACAUCAAGAACGGCCAGAGCCACAGGGCUUAUGCCAGCGAGGAGGUGAUUCUGAGUGGAGGUGCCAUCAACUCCCCGCAGCUGCUCAUGCUUUCUGGCGUCGGCAACGCAGACGACCUCAAGAAGCUGGGCAUCCCCGUGGUGUGCCACCUUCCGGGAGUUGGUCAGAACCUGCAAGACCACCUGGAGAUAUACAUCCAGCAGGCAUGCACCCGUCCCAUCACCCUCCACGCAGCGCAGAAGCCCCUGAGGAAGGUCCAGAUUGGUCUGGAGUGGCUCUGGAAGUUCACAGGGGAUGGAGCCACGGCCCACCUGGAAACAGGUGGGUUCAUCAGGAGCCGGCCUGGGGUCUCCCACCCAGACAUCCAGUUCCACUUCCUGCCAUCCCAAGUGAUUGACCACGGGCGUGUCCCUACCCAGGAGGAGGCUUACCAGGUGCACGUGGGGACCAUGCGAGGCACGAGUGUGGGCUGGCUCAAACUGAGAAGUGCCAACCCCCGGGACCACCCUGUGCUGCAACCCAACUACUUGUCCACAGAAGCCGACAUUCACGAUUUCCGUAACUGUGUGAAGCUGACCAGGGAAAUUUUUGCCCAGGAAGCCCUGGCACCGUUCCGGGGAAAAGAGCUCCAGCCAGGAAGCCACGUGCAGUCCGAUGAAGAGAUAGACGCCUUUGUGCGGGCCAAAGCGGACAGCGCCUACCACCCCUCGUGCACCUGCAAGAUGGGCCAGCCCUCCGACCCCACCGCCGUGGUGGAUCCGCAGACCAGGGUGAUUGGGGUGGAAAACCUCAGGGUGGUCGACGCAUCCAUCAUGCCCAGUGUGGUCAGCGGCAACCUGAACGCCCCCACGAUCAUGAUCGCAGAGAAAGCAGCUGACAUCAUGAGGGGGCGGCCUGCACUCUGCGACAAGGACGUCCCUGUGUACAAACCCAGGACCCUGGCCACCCAGCGUUGAAGCAGUCGCUGCCUGGGAAGCCCCCGCUCCAAAUGCUCUUUCCUAAAACUCUCUAGAAUGUUAGGGUUCAAUGGCAGAGAACUGGACAAUUUCUUAAGAAGUGAGACCAGUCCGGUCAGUGAGCCUGGCUCCUCUCCCCCUGCCUUGUGCUGUGGGCCUUUGGGGAACGGCCAGCAUUCCGGCAGGAGGCCUGUGGAAGACUCGGCUCCUACCUGGGUCCCCUCCAACCUGGGGGCCUGCUGCCUUCCUCCUUCCUGGUGGGGCUGGAGGAAGGUGUCCUCUCCCAGGCCCCCCUCUGAAGGCAGGCCCCUCAGAGCAGGCUCUGUGCAGAGGCUGGAUGCUGUCUGCUCUGAGGGGGCACCCCCACCUUGGGCUGAGCUGUGGCUGAGACCAGGAGUCCUGCUGACGUUAGGGGGUGCAGCCGGGACUUGUGCCUAAGCCUGCAGUGCCCGUCCAGAGGGAGCGCUGCCUGCGGGGUGGGGUGAGGGACAGCACCAGCCUCUCCACUCUCCUCGGCUGCCUGAUCUCACCCCCAGAGGGAGGCACGAGCUGGUGCUCAGAGGGACCGGCAGCCCCCUGCCUGGUUCUUACUGCACACAGUCAGCCUGACAAGAGGAUUUCUGGGUCUUGUUCAAGGAGAGAAGUGUCUGCAAAGACCCCUCGCCACUACAGGUUUCACGACUUUGCAUUUUAGACCAGUUUCUUGUUACCAGGAAACCUGGAACCCAGAGCAAACCCCACAUACCAGACCUCGCUCCAUGCCAGGCCGUGAAGACACUUCCCCCGGCGCUGGGCAAGGCCGGCUCAUUCUUAUUCUCCAGGUGUCCGCGGGAACAGAGCAGGAUGGGCCACGUCGGACCGGAAAGGCGGUCAGUAAAACUGCGGCCUGGUCCUGCAAAACUGCGAUUGAGAGAGAAAAGGAAAUGGUCAGAGUUGAGUUUGGGGUGGUGGGAAGAAAGCCAGGUACAGGCAGCAUUGAAAACAGUCCUUUGAUCUUUAAAUUUCUCCUAAUUCAAUAAUGUAAUCCAAUAAUUUAUUUUGAACUGAGAUAACUUUUCCAGACUGUUCUUACAAGAUAAUAAACUAAAUACAUUUU